AUGGACUCGGCUACGACUUCCUCACCCGCUACCGCGUUCCAGCUCGCCCUUACUCCAAUGGACCAGGCCCGGGCUCCUUCUCGAAGCAUUCUAUCCUGUACCUUUUGUCGACAGAAAAAGUUGCGUUGUGAUCGCCUCCGCCCGUGUAAUAGCUGCAUAAAGCGUGGCCUGCAAUGUGUCUAUGUCAACCCAACCCCUGCUCCUCGCAAUGGCCCCGCUCGCUCAACCAAGCAUCUGCAGCAGCGCAUUCGACAGCUAGAGGAGCUGGUCGAUGUCCAGCGCAAAAUCGAAAGCACACCUACUAAACUAGGCUUUGAGAGCGAGAGUCAACAUGGUAGCUUCGACGAUGCCAUUGUCAGCUCUCUUGGCAAAAUUCACGUGGGAGAGGCAGGCAUGAGCUACGUCUCUGGGGCUCACUGGGCGGCUCUUCAAGAUAGUAUUGCAGACCUGAAGGAGUGCCUAGAGGCUGAUUAUUCCGUCAAUCAGCCUUCUCAAAAUUUCCACGGCCCAGCACUUUUGAUAGGAAUGUGCCCGCCAAGUGAUAAGGACGAGAUCCUGGAAUUAAUUCCUCCAAAGAACGUAACCGACCGACUAGUGUCGCGGUUCUUCAAUUCCAUGGAGCCGGGUGUUGUUGUUUUACAUGCCCCUACAUUUCAAGCAGAGUACAACCGCUUCUGGGAUAAUCAACAUGACGCCAGCUUGACAUGGCUCAGUCUGCUCUUCAGCAUCAUGAGUCUAGCCAUAUUCGUCAACUGCCGCGCCGAAGGCGAGCCGGCUAGCCCCAUCCCCAAUCCCGAGGAAAUGGCAGAUGAAUUUCGACUCCAAGCGGCUUAUUGUCUAAUUAGGGACAAAUACACAAAGCCAUCCAAGUACACCAUUGAAGCUUUACUUUUGUACGGGCAAACUGAAUACUUUCGCAGCCCAGAUUCACAAUACGAGCUAUGGGUGCUAUUCGGAGUUGUGAUGCGCUUGGCCAUGCGUGUUGGCCUCCACCGAGAUGGUUCUCGCUACCCCGGAAUAUCAUGUUUCGAGGCUGAGAUGCGGCGGCGCAUCUGGGCUCUCAUGUCCCAGUUGGAAUCACUGUUUUCCUUCCAAAUGGGGCUACCACGAAUGAUCCACAAAGGCCUUUCCGAUACGCAAUUGCCUCGCAAUUUAUUGGAUAACGACUUUGAUGAACAAUCCACGACACUGCCAGCCGCUCGCCCGGAAACAGAUUUUACCGCAGUCUCGUAUCUGAUCGCAAAGGGUCGAAUUGCUGACGUUUUCGGUCUGAUUACAGACCAUGUGAAUUCCACGCUUCCAGGCUCCUACCAGUAUACCGUUCAGCUGGAUCGGCUGCUAAACGAAGCCUAUGCCGCUGCCCCGUCGAAUCUACAAUUCCGUGGUGUCGGCCAAUCAGUAACUGAAUUGCCCGUGGUUAUUAUUGGUCGAUACAACCUUGACAUUCUCUAUCAAAAGGCCCGUUGCGUACUUCAUCGAAACUACCUAUACGAUGGAAGAUCGGAUCCGCGGUAUGCCAACUCUAGACGGAUUUGCAUUGACUCGGCCAUUAAACUAUUGCGGCACCACGCAACCAUAGAUGCUCAAGUUCAGCCGGGAGGAGUGUUGUAUUCGGGUAGAUGGUAUCUUUCCUCACUUACUACUCACAAUUUUGUCUUGGCCGCCAUGCUCCUAUGCCUCGAACUGCACUACAUUUCUGAAGGCUGCGGCCAAAUAGUAGAUGGAGAUGUCUAUUCCAAGGAGGAGCUCUUUUCCACGCUACAAACGUCGCGGCAGGUCUGGAGCAAAUACAAAGAGAAUUCAAUAGAAGCCUUGCAAGCCUGGAGAGCAAUCACCGUUAUGCUGGAAAAGCUGGACGGAUCGACCGCUACAACGACUCCAAUCACUGACAGCCACGACACGUCAUCCGAGGACAAGCACAGUGCGGACGUUGGGACGCAGUUCACUUCUCCCCAAACUGGAGCCGAAUCGAGUCUCUAUAGCCCUGCACCUGCCAAUCAACCAAAUUUUGAAAAUUCCAUGGCAUCGAUGAUGUGCGUCCCGGACGAUUUCAUGAUGGACAACAACAUCUGGGACUUUUCUCACAACAUUGACUGGGUCCAAUGGGACGCGACAAUGCAGAAUUUCGACAUGACAGGGAAUAGGGCUGGUAUGAGGGCAAAUCAGUAA